CAUACGACCACAGGGUGUGGAGAACAGGGCUUCCCGUCCGCUCAGCCGUACUUAAGCCACACGCCGGGAGCGAAUCCCUUCUGUUGUAUGUAUUCUUCCUUUUCUUUUUUAUUAUUCAUAAUUCACGGGUGGUUUAUGUCUGCUGUUGGCUUCAAUUGUGUUGUUGUAACGACAGUGGACUUAUUCUACACACGUCCGACAGCCUCACCUGCGGGUGAUUCCAUCCACCCAGCUUAG